AUGAAGAAAGAAUUCCCGUUUGUCCCUUCCCUAUAUCUUAUCUUCCUUCUUAUCAAGACUUUAUUAAUCCUAGAAACAGCAAUGGGAGAUCCAAGAUCUCAAACAGUAAACUUGACAUGUGGCAACCAAAUGGAGCACAAUCCCUCUGUUUUUGUUCCAAAUUUUGUUGCUACAAUGGAAAACAUCAGUGACCAAAUGCGAGCUUCAGGUUUUGGAUUAGCAGUUUCAGGUUCAGGCCCUGAUACUAACUAUGGCCUUGCCCAGUGCUAUGGGGAUCUCUCUUUAACUGAUUGUGUAUUAUGCUAUGCUCAGGCUCGCCUGGUUCUUUCCCAGUGCAUUGGUUUCACUUCAGGUCGUAUUUACCUUGAUGGUUGCUUCAUGAGGUCAGACAAUUAUAGCUUCUUUCAGGAGUAUACUGGACCUGGUGACAGGGCCAUAUGUGGGAAUACAAUUAGGAAGAACUCAACGUAUGAAGAAUCAGUUACACAGGCUGUGAGCAGUGCAGUUCUGGCAGCACCAAACCAAAAUGGCUCUGCAACAUCUCCGAAGACUGUACCUGGGGCAGUGAAUGAGGCAGUUUAUGUGCUGGCUGAUUGUUGGAGGACUUUAAAUGCAAACUCCUGCAAAGCAUGUUUAGAGAAUGCAUCUGCUUCAAUAUUGGAAUGCUUGCCUUGGUCGGAGGGGCGAGCAUUGAACACUGGCUGCUUCAUGAGGUACUCAGACAAAGAUUUCCUCAACAAGAAACCGGGAAAUGGAAAUUCAAAAGGGACAACCAUAGUGAUAGCAGUUUCAGUUGCCAGUUCGGUGGUUCUGCUGGUAGUUGGAGUAGCAAUUGGAUUUUAUAUCUGGAAGCACAGAUAUAUACAAAAGAAACGAAGAGGUUCAAAUGAUACAGAAAAGCUGGUGAAAACACUUAAUGACAGUAGCCUGAACUUCAAGUAUUCCACACUUGAGAAGGCUACAGGAUCUUUUGACAAUGCCAACAAACUUGGGCAAGGAGGAUUUGGAACAGUUUAUAAGGGAGUUUUGCCUGAUGGAAGGGAGAUUGCUGUCAAGAGGCUUUUCUUUAACAAUAGACAUAGAGCAGGGGAUUUCUACAAUGAAGUUAACAUUAUAAGCAGCGUGAAACACAAAAAUCUGGUCAGGUUAUUAGGAUGCAGUUGUUCUGGACCUGAAAGCCUACUUGUCUAUGAAUUCCUGCCUAACAAAAGCCUUGAUCGAUUCAUCUUUGAUGCAAACAGAGGUAAAGCACUGAACUGGGAGAAAAGAUAUGAGAUUAUUGUGGGGACAGCGGAAGGUUUAGUGUACCUUCAUGAGAACUCCAAGAACAGAAUCAUUCAUAGAGAUAUAAAAGCUAGUAACAUCUUGUUGGACUCGAGACUUCGUGCUAAAAUUGCUGAUUUUGGGUUAGCUAGAUCUUUUGAAGAAGAUCAGAGUCACAUCAGCACUGCCAUUGCAGGAACACUAGGAUAUAUAGCUCCAGAAUACCUAGCCCAUGGUCAGUUAACAGAGAAGGCCGAUGUCUACAGCUUUGGAGUGCUUUUGUUAGAGAUUUUUACAGGAAGACUGAACAACAGGAGCAAAACCUCAGAAUACACUGACAGCCUAAUCACAAUUACAUGGAAGCAUUUUCGAUCAGGGACAGUUGGACAAUUAUAUGAUCCAAAUAUAAUGUUGCAUAAUCAUUACAACAUAUAUGUUAAGAAUGAGAUUUUAAGAGUGCUGCAUAUCGGACUUCUGUGCACCCAAGAGAUUCAGUCAUUACGACCAACAAUGUCAAAGGCACUACAAAUGUUAACAAAUAAGGAUUGUGAACUCCCUGCACCUACAAAUCCUCCUUUUAUAGAUGAAAGAACGAUGGAACUGACUGACAUGUGUGAAUACCCAUGUUACCCUCUUAGAGCAGGAUAUUCUACUUCGAUUGCUACUAUUUCUGAAAUUUCUUUCUGUCCUAGGUGA